GCCUAGCAACCAUUCAAUUCAGCUGAUUGUAUACGACUAGACAUAUUAUUAAAUCGAAUUAAUCUGUCAAAAUCAGAUUUCCAAAGUAUGAUACCUUUUCACAUCCAUCAAGAUAUUCAUAUUUUAUUGAAAUAUCUAAUUUCAUGUCUUUUCGUAGUCAAUUUUAGGAACUACAUUAAUAGUUUUCCGACUGCGGAUUCUUUUCUAAAUAGACGGCGUGAUACGUAACAACACUCACGAAGUUGACGACAAUUUCUGUAGUAAAAAGACAUAACUUUUACUUAUAACAUGGAGGAAGAAAUAACAUCUGGAAGUGACAACAUAGUAACUGAGUUUAAUACUUAUGAAGAUUUCCUAGAUUCUCAAAUAUCUUCCUUAGAUUUGUAUUAUUUAGAGGAUGAAGAGCUUGCAAGGCAGCUGGUUGAACUGGGAUACAGAGGAAGUGGAGAAGUCCUUAAGAGAGAGGAGUUUGAAGCCAGAAAACAAGCCGCAGAAGCCAGUAGAUUGUCAAAAAGAAGCCAACAAAAGACCCUCGCCAGUUCUGGAAAAGAUCUGAAGAACCCAUUCCUGAAGGCCCUGGCACAGCGAGAGGAAGCCAACAGGAGCGGCAAGAUGACCUCCAUCAUCUUCAUACGGGACAAGAACUCCAGAGGGCAGGAGAUCUCCGGGUACAUCGACUAUGCCCAUCGCCUAAAGACCGAGGACUUUGAGCCUUACUUCAGCGGGAGGAAGAGGCUCCUCCCAAGGCCGUCUGAUUUGAGUUUCUACAAUUGGGAGACACAGACGUCUACUUCGAACCCGACACCAAACUACCAAGUCAUCGCUGAGAAUGCGACCGGACUUCUCUUCAAGAAUAAGCGUGAUCGCAAGAUCCUGAAUGUGGACCCAAAAGCACCCUCUCCAGGUGACAACUCAACAAGGACUCCCGUCGAUUGUCCACAGUAUAUCCAGGUUGUCAUCUAUGAUCAUAUCACAAGAAGAAAGACAUAGGAAUUGAGAACUUGAUGAUUUUAAGGAACUGUAUAAACUCUCAUACUUGUGUAUUGGACACAAUUUUCUGUCAUGAUAACUUCGUUCAACUAUAAAUUUUAAGGAGAAAUUUAAAGCUGAAUAAGUUGAAAAAAUGGGAAUGGAAUAACAUCUGGAAAUCUGGGAGUAUAUAUUCUACUUAACCAAAUGUAUUCUAAUGAAUAUCAUUCUCUUAUCAUUAUCAUUCUGUAUAAAUCAUAAGCCCCACCCCUCCCAUCCAUUAAUACAAAGUGAAUGGUAAGAAAUUCUUAUUAAGAAUACUAAGGAUUCAUAAUCAUUAUGUUGAGUAACAUUUUCUCCAAACCCCAAUUUACUUAAACAGGGGUGCCGCUUUUCAGGCUCUUUAAAUUUGUUCUCAGCCAUAGAAAACACUUUUUGUGUACGAAACGUCUCAUUCUAGAUGAUUUUCAGACUUUUUUUAUGUCAAGGGGUAUCCCUGGUAAAUGCAUUUCAAUUUGUUUGUUUUUUUCAAAUGUAGCAACGUCCAUUUCCUUGAUAAGUAUCCUUGAACUGGCUCUACCAUUUUUAUACUUUAAUAUACAAAGUUAAUCUAAGUCACAUUUGCAAAAGAAAAAUACACUGCAUAAAUAACAAGUGUAUAUUUGUUGUAGUACAUUUAUGCAUUCUAAUUAUACAAUCUUUUAUACAUUUUAUAUAAUGAUGUAUUGAAAUGUCUGGCUUUUUUGUAUUUGAAUCCACGAUCUCAAUUUGGUCCAGGUGAUAAUGUUCAAGUUCAGUCCCCUGACUCAAAUAAAUAUAGCUCAUUGUAUUAUUCUGUUAAACCAAAAUACACUUUGUUUGAAAUGCACAUCCUCCAUCUACCAUUUAUCAUCUGAGGGGCUCCCCCUGGAGGUCCAGACAAAUGAAUAAAGGAUAAGGGAUUUAUAGACUAGAUUAAACAAAUAUUAAAAAGUAUAACCCUAGGGGUGGGUUACCAGGUAUUUCAGGACAUCUUUAUCCUAAAAUAUCAAAUACCGAUGAAGGUAGACCAUUUUUUAAACCCUUUUAACAAAAUAUUAGAUGGGGGGCUUCAAAUUUUCAGUUUAGUACAAAUAUUUAAAUGGAUAGUAAAUGUGUUUCAGAUUUUGUUUGUUUUGGAUGAUUUGUAACGUGUAUAUUGUGAUUUGUAAGAUAUUGUAUAUAAAACUAUAUUACCUAGAUAUCGUUAAUUAAAUUGAAAAUAGACAUAAA